ACAAAAGGAUACCAGAGACACACGACUGCGACAGACAGACAGACAAGUUAUUCCUAGUUUUCUUUUCUACUACUUUAGCUACCUGAUAUAGGUAGCUAGUAAUAUUUUGGAAACAACCUGACUAUGUUGGGUGGAAUUACACUCACCCGCCUUAUCAUUGGAGCAUUUGUAGCAUACGUUUUAAACAGUGUUUAUGUUUUUUACACAUUAUUUAAUCCUAAAGAAUGUAAAGGAUACGCAGACAAUUGCCUUAUGCCAGCUUAUAAGCUAGAACAAUUCAACAAAAUAAAGAUAUCCGUUUAUGUUAGCCGCUUAAAAUCUCCCACAGAAUCUGAUUUAAAGCUUAUUUGGGAUUCUGGAGAUACAUCAGUAUUAGUUGCCCAAGAAAAAAUUGUCAAUGUAACAUUACCAUUUUCUACGAGACGAAAUGGGUCUUUGUAUGCAUAUGCUUUCCUGCAUCCCAUGAAAGAAAAUGCAGUCAGUAGUAACAAUAAUCAGAGAAUCACAUUUCAAUCACACUUGUUGACAAAGUUUAUGAUUCCGAAAGAUAAGCAGUUUAAUCUGAUCCAAGGAAAUAAAGAUCCAGCUGCUGUUUUACCUAUUACACAUAUCCAUCCAAAAAUCUCCAUUUAUGUUGGUGCUCAAGAUAGAAGAUUUCAACGUAAUGCAAUACCGCAUGACAUAUAUCACUUGUUGAAAACAAACAAAGAUGGAGAGUACCUCCCAUUGUUAUACAUUGAUCAACUAAGCAUGAUGAAAAGAUAUCUUUUACCAGUACAGAGAGAUACGGAAAAUGUAACCAUGCAGAUAUACGUCACACCAGUAUCACUUGGCAGAUUGAGACUUUGGGCCACAGUAGAACAAGCAUUGGGACAAAUGAAAGAUUUUGGUCUUACAGAAAACGAUUUAGAUGAAGUCAAAGGAAUAUUCACAGACACGAACUUGUAUUUUCUUGCAAUGACUUUUGUUAUUGCAAUAGUUCAUAUGUUAUUUGAUGUGUUAGCGUUUAAAAACGAUGUUAGUUUUUGGAAAAAGAAAGAAUCGAUGGAAGGGAUGUCUAUACGAACUGUUGUCUGGCGCUGUAUCUCGACUACUAUAAUAUUUCUCUAUCUGAUGGAUGAAAAGACAAGUUUAAUUGUGCUAGUACCGUCAGGAAUAGGUGCAGUAAUUGAGUUUUGGAAGGUAACCAAGGCGUUGAAGAUUAGUAUAGAAUGGACAUCGACACUUCCAAGACUGAAGUUCGGUGAAAAAUCCAAAUCAGAACAGCAAACCGAUGAAUUUGAUGUUCAGGCUAUGAAAUAUUUAUCGUAUGGUCUUUAUCCUUUGAUGAUGGCUGCAGCAGUGUACUCUCUUUUAUAUCAACCACACAAAAGUUGGUACAGCUGGUUAGUGAGGAGUUUAGUUAAUGGAAUAUACGCUUUUGGCUUCCUGUUUAUGCUUCCCCAACUAUUUCUAAAUUACAAGUUAAAAUCAGUAGCUCAUUUACCAUGGAGAGCUUUCAUGUACAAGGCCUUCAAUACUUUUAUCGAUGACGUAUUUGCUUUUAUUGUUGUUAUGCCAACAGCUCACCGUGUAGCCUGUUUCCGUGACGACGUCGUGUUUGUCGUGUACUUAUAUCAAAGAUGGUUGUAUCCGGUUGAUACGUCUCGUGCGAACGAGUUCGGCAUGACAUUCGAUGAUGACAACAAUACAAACACUGCGACGGAGACGAAAAAAGAGAAAUAACUUUUACUGGAAUUGUUUUUAAAAAUUAAAAAUAUUUAUUUUGCGCGUUUUAGUACUAGUUUUAAAGAAUCAAAUAAUAUUACCAA